GCCUGUCGGAGAACUCUCCUCGUUGACGCCCGCCUGCAAUGGAUCCCAUCGAGCCCGUCGAUGGCUCACCUGAUCCGCGCGAGGGCCCGCAACCGUCCGCCUCAUCCCCCCCCAGACCGACGUCAUACGCUCGCCCGCGCGCGGCGUCGCUGCGUGCCCGGCGCCCGUCCAUUCGAUUGCAACGCCUGCCCUCGCUCGAACAGGCCAGUCUGUCCGCGCUUCAGUCCCAGCAACAAGCACAACAAAAUGGCAGCGGGACCGCUGGGGCCACCGGCUCCGCCGCUGGGCCUCUUGCCUCCAUUCCUGCGUCGCCCGAAGACGAGUCAUGGCAGGGAAAUCGCCGCCGCAGCAGUUCCGAGCCCCGACCGGGCCGCUGGUCUGCACCCAACCCCCAAGCCCUCACGAGGUUCGCAACAGGGGAGCAGAUGCACCCCGUGAGAGAGGAGUGGUCGCAUCAGAGUCCCAUCGGCGAAAUCGAUUCGAGUCGACCCCUGGCAGACGACAUCUCCCCGCGUCCCCAGCUCCCUCGAAGAGGAAGUCUAAACCCGAUGCGUUGGGCAAGUGGGAUGAAUACGAACCGGUUCACCAGGAACCGCGCAUCGACUGUUAGUGGAACUGCCCCGGCUCAUUCUCCCGACCUUGACGAUGAAUAUCGUACCCAUAUUGUGGAUGUGCUGGACGUUAUCGAUCCGGAAGUGUCCGCUCUAUCUACUCUUACCAACGUCCAGAAUUCUCUGUUCAUUCCCAACCUGGGAUCGUUCCUGAACCGGAAUCAGACAUAUACUCUCUCGCCACCUUCUCCACUGAGAGAGCUUGAAGGAACGACGAGUGACGAAGGCGAGGAGCCAUCGGAAAAGCCAAAAGAGCCUGCUAUCCGUCCUUCCUUGGAGCACACCCUCACGUCCAUCAUAGAUGAGGGGGGCGAGUCUCGUUUCGCCGUGCUUCCGGACGGAAGUAACCUUGCGGGCUGGUCACCGGACGAGAUCGAAGAGCUUAACGAUCAUGUCCGGCAUAUGUUGCAUUCCCGUCGAUCCAAGUUCAAGCGAUCGAUGAAGGGGUUCGGGAAAUAUGUAUCCAAGCCUCUUGGGUUCCUGGUUACCUUGUAUGCAACUCUCAUUACCCUUUUCGGUCUUGCAUGGGUUCUCUUCCUCAUUGGCUGGAUCAAUGUGGGGGGCAGGCAAUCGUACCUCAUCAACAUCAUCGAUAACGUUCUCGUGGCCCUAUUCGCAAUCAUGGGUGACGGGCUGGCCCCGUUCCGAGCAGUCGACACUUAUCAUAUGAUAUUCAUUGCACACUACACAUUUUUGACAUGGAAAAUUCGCCGGAAACGCAACCUUCCCGAUCUCAAGAAUAAAAAUGACCUGCCGUCACGAAACGAAACCGAGGUCGAUGUCGAUGUCGAACUCGGAGACAUGCCCAAGGAGGAGGAACACGAGUAUAGCGUGCUCAACCCCGUUCAGCAGCUGAAGCUCAUCCAUCACCAAACCAAGUUCGCCAAUUCUCACACCUUCUACAAACCCCACGAAACCUUCACCCAUUACGCCUUCCCAAUGCGCUUCCUCAUCGCCAUCGUGGUCCUGCUGGACUGCCACUCCCUAUUCCAGAUCGCCCUGGGCACAUGCACCUGGGCCAUCAGCUACCACGUCCGCCCAUUCGCACUGACUACUGUCAUCCUCUGCUGCUCCAUCUGUUGCAACAUCUCCGGUGGUGUGCUGAUCAUGAUCGGGGACCGCCGGUCCCGCAAGAAGGACGUAGUGGAACGCCUUUUCCGCCAGCAAUUGACAGAGGAAGCGAUGAAGAAAAUCCAGAAAAAGAAGCGAAAGGAAGAGGAGCAACGCAACGCGGAGCUCGAGGGGCCGUCUCGGUCCCACUCGAUCUCUUCUCUGCGGCGAGCAGUGAUCGAAACCAUUCACGAAUGAUCUAUCAGCCCUAAUAAUCUUCUCGUCUUGUAAACACGACCCUUUACCUUACAGCUCACGACGCACACGACGACCUUAAGAUCUACUACCAUUUUGCUGUUUGACUAUUUCGAAUUUGGCUUCACAAUGAUAUCCAUGUGCUCUUUCUCGAGCACUCAUCAACCUGUUUGCAGGUUGUGUAUACUGUCUAAUCUAAAUAGGAGGUGUUGGGCUUUGGUAAUCAUGCGGAAUACAUUGUGUCAACAUUUUGUUACGCUCCAGGUUCCCUUCUCUUUUCAGUUUCAGAUAUACUUGUCUUGCUAGCACAUCCUUCGCUUUUACUAAACCCAGAAUACACUAUUCGAACCGGGCGUACGU